CAGUGCGUCCGCGGCCGUCAACCACACCUUGUCGAGGAAAGCAGCUCGCGAGAGACACGCGCGCAUCCACGCACACAUACAUACACAGACACACACACAGACACACAGACACACACACCUCUCGCAAAGCACCCCGUCGUCGUCGUUCGACCGGUCGUUUCGCUUUCGACGCGGUCUGCCUGUUGCGGGACGGCUGAUUCGUCGAAGGAAGGAUCAUCACAAGUGCAAGACGGAUAAUUGACAAGGGCCUGUAGAAGAUGGACGUAAAAGGGCGAGUUGCCCUGGUGACGGGCGCCGCUUCCGGUAUCGGUAAAUCUUGCGCCGUGGAAUUAUUAAACGAAGGCGCGAUGGUGUCUAUAUGCGAUAUAAACUCAGAAGAGGGUGAAAAAUUAGCAGAAACUCUGUCUACGGAACAUGGGAAAGACCGUGUGAUCUUCUGUCAAUGCGACGUCACAGACUAUUCGCAAUUCGAGGAAUCGUUUCAAACAACGUUCGCGACGUUCGGCCACAUCGAUAUCGUUGUUAAUAACGCUGGAAUAAUGAACGAUCGAUUUUGGGAACUGGAAGUGGACAUUAACGUUAAUGGCGUGAUCCGCGGAACUUUGCUCGCUCAGCGAUUUAUGGGAACGGACAGGGGUGGCCAGGGUGGAAUAGUGGUUAAUAUUGGAAGCAACGUCAGCAUCAACCCUUAUGCGAGUGUUCCAAUUUACUCUGCCACCAAGGCGGCAAUCGUCAACUUCACCAGAGCGUUUGGGCACCAAUACCACGUGGACUUAACCGGCGUGAAGGUGAUGGCAUUAUGCCCAAGCGCGACAGAUAGCAAAUUAUUAGGAGAUGUCAGUAAACAAUUGCUCUGGCCUCGAUACGUAGACGCUUGGCUUCGUGACGUCGCCAGUUCAGUUCCUCAAAGAUCAGAACACGUAGCUAAAGCGCUGAUCCAGAUCCUAAACACAGGCAAAAGUGGAAGCGUCUGGCUGGUGGAGAAGGACCAACCUCCUCACGAGAUCACAUUCCCGAAAAACUAAGAUCCUAACUGUCAUGAUUCGCGUGAAUUUACUCGCUUGAAUUCAAAUAGCUGUGCCGUACCACAUACAAAACCUCUCAUCGUCUCUCAUCAUCGCUACGAAAAAGAAAAGGAAAACCAAAUAUUCCAGAAUAUUUCUGGUAUCCACAAGCUAAAAUUUAUUUGCAAUUCAAAUUUUACGGGAAAUUCGAGUUAACGACCUAAGGAUCGAUCAUCGAGGAAGCGUGAAAUGCUACGCGGGAUGAAGAACACGCGUUUAGGUGUAAGGAUGCAUCAGUUGUAUUGCCAAAGAUUACGGAAGGCAAUUAGUACGAUGAGAAUGUUUCUUUGUACGUUGUUAUCCGUUCGUGUUAGAUUUAGAAGGAAUAACGUUCGUUUUAAUUAUAAUAUGAUAAUUUAACGGGAUUUUCUCGAGUGUCCGUUCCUAUUUUCCUUCGAGAGUGUACUCGAUGGGAAUUCACAGGAAAUUCUUCGAUAAUGGCACGUCACAAUGUUAAUCGAGGGAGGCAAAUGAUAAUCUAUAAAUCGAGAAGUCACGCACUGCUGUAAGUUUCUCAUUAACGCGUUUAUCGCCACGUUAUUUAUACACGUUACAUAGAAAUCGAGGACCUUCGAUGUUACCUUGUGUUCAUUCGUUACAACAAUCACGUGAUUGAAAAGUAACGAUGUGAGCAUUUUAAGAAAAACAAGUUUAUACAUUUUAUACGAAUCGUUCUUUCUAUAACGGUACGUGAAAAGGGAGAAUACUCCCAAUUGUGUCGUCGAGUGACACAUUUGACAUUUAUCAUUUUCGUUUCACGUUCAUUUCAGACGAAUGACGUAACUAGAGAAACGUCAACUGUUUGAGAAAAUCGAUUUAAAACACAAGAUUAUUAAUUAUUCAAUCGUUUAACGAUGAAAAACUUCGCUUCCUUUCAUCACUUAAUUGAUAGUUCUCAGAUUUUUAUAGUUUUUAUGAAUUGGGACAGUUCUACUUUAAAUUGUGACACUAUCGUUGGAUGGUAUAAUUUAAUUGAAUAAUCGUGGCACGUCUAUCCUAGUGAGUAGUUCGCUUUUCGAAACAAUUUUUACGAAUACCUGAAAAUUAAUGGUUCUAACAAGCUGAUAGCAAAUUCAACAAAAAUUGUUAAUUGCAAUGAAAACUUUAAAUUAUGUACCUCCCUAACUUCUUUAGGCAUUAGAAGUCUGCUAUUUCUAAAAAUCUAAACAAUCACGUGAUAUAAAAAUGAAACCAAAAUUGUAUAUCUAACAGGUGAAACUAACAUUUUUCACUUUAUCUUCGAAUGAACUGUCAGCUCGAACUGCCUUGGCGAUCAACGCGUUAAAUGUUAAAUGUCGAGAAAAAAUUAAAUAUACGCUGUGAAUCGAAAGUUGGUCGAACGAACAACGUUUUCGAUGAAAAUGAAAAAUCAGAAUCACCAUAUUGGAUUUUAUAUUGUUUAACAAUUGCCAUGUGUUCCCUAUAAGACUCGAUACUUUGUAAAAUAUAUCCUCAACACUCUUUACUUAUACAUAUUUGUUAUACUGCGCGACUCUGCACAACAGGUUUCUAACCAUUUUUCAUAAACAAUUGUAAAAUCAAAGGACUUUGCUUAGAUAGUCAUGUACAAUGGUUGGCUGUAAUAUUUAAAGAGGUGUACGAUGAAUUUUAUCGCACCUUCCCUAAGCCCUUUGAAGAAACCUGUCUCCGAUCUUUUAAUAAUAGAUACACAAGCCGAUUAGAUAUUUUACUGGUGGAGGUUUCAGACUAAACUUUGUUCGAUAUUUUUUGAAUAGUAAAAUAAGUAAAAUUUCAUGUUAUCGACGAUUAUUAUCAUUAAUCAAUUUUUCCCGGAAUGUAACACCUUUCGUGUAAAGAUACGUAACAUAAUCUGCGCCAUUUAAAAAAAAAAAAAAAAAAAUCGAACAAGGUUUUGAUCUUUGGACUUGAAAAAUUUUCAAUGUUCAAAAUGUACAAGCGUUUUUUAAGUUAGGCUUAUAGUAACGUAAUAAGGCAAGAAAAAGCGAUAAAACGACUCGAACUAAAUAAUAAUAAUGAUAAUAUUAAUAAUAAUAAUAAUAAUAAUUAACCGUUUAAAAUUAAAAUAAAUGAAUUUACCUCAAACACACUAAACUGUCCAAUUUGUAACUUGGAUGCAAGCAAUCGUAUAAUGUACUAACAGUAAGAGCGAAUAUCAAUAGAAAUGAAUGGUAGUUGUCAAGAUCGAAUAACAUUUUAAAUUUUCUACUACUCCGUUCUAAUUGCUCGAUCACAAUAAAUUACGUAUCAAAGUGUCUGCAAACGGACGUGACUCGAUAUGUCCCAGUCCAGUACGUUAAUACGAUAUUGAUAAAUGUAUACUGAGAACGUUGAGAAACUGAACAAAAUUCAUUCCAUCCAUAAGUUAACGAUUUUCUACAUUUAUAAAAUAAAAUCGAUAAUCGCGUAAGAUCGAGUCCCUCGUUUGCGACUACUUUAUGCAAACUUUCGACUGAACCGAUCGAGAGGAUAGAUUUAUUAUGACGAAAGAAACCGAUUCAAACGAUUUGUCCAAGAACAGAACGAUCAAUCGUGCGUGUAAUAUUUUAUACAAAUUCGUAAACACGGGGACGACCAAUGUAAAAGAAGAAACGAAGAAACUUAGGUUUAGAUGCAGUGAAAUCGAGGCCUAAACUCGACGUCUUCGACGAAAAAUCAUAAUUAUUAUACAUUCUAAUCGUCCAUUCUUCCAUCGAACAUCCUCAACAUCUCUCUUGUCCCGAUUACAUUUUCUUCGGAACGAUUAUACUCUCUUGAAAAUUGAAAAUCUAUCCCUCGUCUAUCUCUAAUCAAAUUAAGAAUCUGUCCCCACCAUCGUACUUAGCGAUUAAUAUUAUAUUCAUAUUAUUUUUUACUACGAUGUUCUCCGUUAUGUGAAAAAUUCUUGAAAUUUUUGAUAAUAAAAAGCAAUACAAUAGCUGGUAAAUUUUUGAAAGAUUAUAAUCGUUAUAUAAAUUAUUAUUAUUACACGAUUAUUACGUAUAAUCUGAGAUCAAGAACAAGAAGCGGAUCUACAGGAUCUAAAAUCGAAGAUCAGCCGCACCUUUAAAUAUAACAUCGCACGAUCUUUAUCGACACGACAGUUUGAUCGAUAGCUAGUGGAAAUUGUUAUAAUUUGCUGGAAAUGUAUGUUGCAAGCCUAGCCAAUAAAAUGCAUAGCUUUUUUUUACAAAACAACUCAA